UUAUGCAAAUGAACGUACUCAAACAUGAAAACUCCAAUGGCAGAUGAAAACAACAAGAACCUCCCAAAAGUAUUCCUUCACGUUCCACCUGAAUUCUCCUUCAUUCUCCAACCCAAACCUUCACAAAACUUCAAAAUCUUAAACCCCGGCUGCCUUCCCUCUCUCCCCCAAUUCAUUGCCACCAAUCCCCACCACGCCACCUCCAUAGUUGCAAUUGUCUGUAGCCAUGUCUCCCCCGUCACUGCUGACCUCCUCCAACUUCUCCCCUCCCUCCGUCUCAUCUGCGCCCCUAGCGCAGGGACUGAUCACAUUGAUCUCUCCGAGUGUCGCCGUCGGGAUAUCCAGGUCGCCGGUAUCGGGAAUCUUUUCACCGACGAUGUUGCUGAUAUGGCUGUGGGUUUGUUGAUUGACGUCAGCAGGAAAAUUACCGCCGCUGAUCGCUUCUUGAGAGGACAGUUUCAAUCUUCCUCUUCAGAUUUUCCACUUGGUUCUAAGUUGACAGGAAAAAAGAUUGGAAUUGUUGGUAUGGGAAAAAUUGGGUCAGAAGUAGCAAAGAGGCUAGAAGCAUUCAACUGCAAGAUAUCAUACAACUCUAGGAACAAAAAGCCAUUACUUUCAUACCCUUUCUAUUCAACUGUCUUAGAGCUUGCAACAAACCAUAAUAUACUUAUUCUGUGUUGUGCACUAAAUGACCAAACAAGACACAUUGUGGACAAACAAGUCAUGUCGGCGUUGGGAAAAGAGGGAAUUAUAGUGAAUGUUGGAAGAGGUGGUCUCAUUGAUGAGAAGGAAUUGUUAAGGUGUUUGAUUGAAGGUGAGAUUGGUGGUGCUGGUUUGGAUGUGUUUGAGAAUGAACCUCAUGUUCCUAAGGAGUUCUUUUCUUUGGAUAAUGUUGUUCUUUCACCGCAUGCAGCUGUCUUAACUUCGGAGUCUUUCUAUGGUAUGAGCAAAGUUGUGGAGCAGAAUUUGAAAGCCUUCUUUUCAAAUAAGCCUCUGAUUACUCCAGUUAUAUCGCUCGAUUGAAUUGUUUAUUAUUCACAUAUUUUGUUGGUCUUUUGUUGAUUCCUUCUGAACCUGUUUGUUCUUUUGAAGCUUUUAGGCCAUGCUCGUGUGGUUAGUGAUCAAUAAGCUGUAUGAAUAAUAUAGUUUUUCAAUGUGAUUCUUAUUUGAGUAACAAAGAUUAGUAGUUUGUGUGUUAUGUUAGUGGAAAAAGUUAGAACCUAUGACCUCUUUAUUACUUCAA